ACGCCGUGGAAGAAUCAUCGGGGUGCUCCGGUGCUGCCUGCCGGCGCGUGCUCCGCAGUUCAGCAUUGGAGACUGCGAAAGGCAUAGCAACUUUCAGUUCAUUUUAGAGGAAGAACGCCUCUGUAGCUCUCGUAUUUAAAUUGGAUCGGACGCACUUCAUGGCGUGGCGAAAUUCGCAAUAUUCAUUCAUCAUCAGUAACCAAAAUUUCGACUUUUUUUUUAAAAAAAAUACACUAUAACCGAGAGCGUCUGAAAAAUGGGAACAAACUAGCAACUGAAGCGUACUAACAAAAAGCGCCCGAUUCGCCUCGCAAAAUCGCCGCCGCCAUCACCUACCUACUCACAGAAGUUCCGCCUUCCUUUCCUCCGGCGCGCGCCGCGCCUGUCGCCAUGGUGAAGCGAUGGCUUCCCCUCGAGGCCAACCCCGACGUCAUGAACCAGUUCAUGUGGGGACUGGGGGUCCCCGAGGACGUGGGGUUCUGCGACGUGUACGGCCUCGAUGACGAGUUGCUCGCCAUGGUGCCCCAGCCGGUGCUCGCGGUCCUACUUCUCUACCCCCAGGACCGGAGCAAGGAGUCCCAAGCUUCAGCUACCUCGUCGGUGGAGACCAAGGAGCCCAGCAAGAACGUAUAUUUCACAAAGCAAACUGUUGGGAAUGCCUGUGGCACAGUUGGUAUUAUUCAUGCACUGGGGAAUGCUACUUCCAGAAUCAAGUGAGGGGUCAUAUUUUGAUAGAUUUUAUAAACGAACUGCUGACAUGGAUCCUAUCCAGCGUGCUGCAUUUCUUGAGGAGGACGAGGAAAUGGAGAAUGCUCAUUCCAUUGCCGCUACUGCUGGUGACACAGAGGCCAAGGACGGUGUAAUUGAACAUUACAUUUGUUUCUCUUGUGUCGAUGGAGAGCUUUAUGAGCUUGAUGGGGGGACAUCACAGCCAAUACCCCAUGGGCCUUCCACUCCUGAUACCUUGUUGCAGGAUGCUGCAGAAGUUAUAAAAGCAAGAAUCGCCAUGUAUUCACAGUCAAACAACUUCAAUGUCAUGGCUCUUUCAGGCAAAGCGAUAUAGCAUUAUAGCACUUUCAGUCAUAGGCACUCGAUAUCCCACAUUUGCUUUGCAGCAGCCUUAGUCCAACACUGCAGUAUGUUCUAUUGUUUUCUUGCCUUCGUUUUAUUAUUUAAACACGUUAAAACAAGAUAAAUAAAAGCGUGGCUACAGAAAAGUUCCCGUUGGUAGUAUCACUUCUCUUAAGAGCUAAUGUGCCGUUUCGUUCACACAAAAUGUAAUGUAACGUAAAUGGAUUCACGCUGGAAUACCGGUGGUAAAGUUUAAAUAA